AUGGCCUCCUCGUCGUCGUCAGAUCCCCAGUUGCCCGCCAACAUUGGCUUCAUCGGCCUAGGGAAUAUGGGCUUCCCCAUGUUUUCCAACUUGGUCAGUAAAUUGCCGGUGAUAUCGACGGUACAUUUCUACGAUGUCAACCCGCGAUCGAUAGAGAUGGGCUUGAACGAGUCGGGCGCGGUGGCCAAGUUGGAUGCUUGCGGCAGUUCGAGAGAGGUCGCGGAGAAGAGUGUAUGUAUUUUCGUCGUCACCCCUUUAGAGAGGCUUCGAACAAUCCCCGAGGGGAAACACGUCCGGGCUGUCUUCCUAGACCCGGAAAACGGCGUGCUGGCCGCCAAAGACCUCUCGGAUAAGAUCCUCAUCGACAGCAGCACCAUCGACACGGCCACGUCGCUCGAGGUCGGCGAGCAGACCCGGACCCGACACCCGAAGGCACACUUCUUCGACGCGCCCGUGUCGGGCGGCACGGCGGGCGCGAAGCGAGGCGUCAUCACGUUCAUGGUCGGCUGCACGGCGUCGGACCCGCACUUCCCGCUGCUCAAGACGCUCAUGGCCCUGAUGGGCAAGAACAUCUACGCGUGCGGCGGCCCCUCGCUGGGCCUGACGGCCAAGCUGUGCAACAACUACCUCAGCUCGUCCAUCACGCUGCUCAACGCCGAGACGUUCAACCUGGCCAUCAAAUCCGGCAUGGACCCGCGCACGUUGCAGGAGAUCCUCAAGACCGCCACCGGCGGCAACAUCAACGCCCAGAACGCGAACCCCGUGCCGGGCCUGACGCCCAAUUCUCCCGCCUCGCACGACUACGCCCUCGGGUUUCGCAUCGAGUAUACCUGCAAGGACAUGGCGUUGGCCCUCGACGCGUGCGACCGCGUCGGCGCCAAGUUGUGCAUCGGGCAGGCCGUCCUGGACGCGUUUGACCACGCGAGCAAGGACCCUCGCUGUGCCGGGUUGGAUACAAAAGUCGUUUUUCGGUACCUGGGUGGUGAUGAGAAGUGGCAGGAUAAGUUUCCAGACGGGGGGAAGUGA